AUGAAUUCUGCUGAUGAUCAUUUAGAAGAAAGAGGUAGCGAUGAAUGCCAACGAAAAACAAGUACUAAUAACGAACGAGAUAAUCGGAUUUGGACUUUGAAUGAUUUUGAAGUAGGUAGACCGCUUGGACGUGGUAAAUUUGGUAAUGUUUAUUUGGCGCGUGAAAUUGAAUCAAAAUUUGUUGUUGCACUCAAAGUUGUAUUCAAAGAACAAUUGGCGCCUAACAAUUUGAAACGUCAGCUACGACGAGAAAUUGAGAUUCAAUAUCACUUAAGGCAUCCAAAUAUUCUUCGUUUGUAUGGAUAUUUCCACGAUAAAGAGCGUGUCUAUAUGGUUCUGGAGUUUGCACCAAGAGGGAAUCUUUUCCAGCUUCUUCGCAAAAUGGAAAGGUUUCCACCAGAAUUGGCUGCAAAAUACAUGUAUCAGUUAGCAUCGGCUAUGGAUUACUGCCAACAGAAAAAAGUUCUUCAUCGAGAUCUGAAACCAGAAAAUGUUUUGAUUAGUCUAAAUGGGGAUUUGAAGAUUUCAGAUUUUGGUUGGUCAGUUCAUGGGCCAUCAUCGAAGAGGACCACACUUUGCGGAACCUUGGAUUAUUUGGCACCAGAGAUGGUUCCAAAUGGCACUCAUGAUAACAUGGUAGAUAAUUGGUCUCUCGGUGUUAUGUUGUAUGAAUUUCUUGUUGGAAAGCCAGCAUUUGAAGCAUAUUCUUAUCAUGAUACUUUUGAAAAUAUUCACAAAUGCAGAUAUACGUUGCCAGUGGAUAUGCCGAAGGGUGCGAAGGAUUUGAUAAGAAAAGUUUAUCCAAAGAAGCGUUUGCCGCUGAAGGAUGUGCUCACUCACCCUUGGAUACAAGAUAUGAUUGCAAAAAGUAGUACUGGUGCAUAG